AUGUCUGGAGGCUGUGGGAGCCAGGUCUGUGGGAACCUGGUUCACCUGGAUGUGGAGGAGCUGCUCUCCGCAGCCUGGGCUGCCCACCAGCUCCUGGUUGAACACGUGGACAAGUGGGAGAACAACGGGAGGCUCUACAGUUUGCUCAACACCGGCGCCGAGUACGUCCCGGCGGGGCAAGAGAGACCGGGAGGCAACCGGUUGCUUUUGGCGGGAGCGGUGACGGCGGGAGGGGGAACGGGGAGCGUCCGGCGACAGGCACCCACCCCCCACCUUCAACCCCAACCCCAACCCCCGCCCAGGCCCGGUUCGGAAACGGUGCGGGGUCAAACUCGUCAUCCCUUCGGUUUCGGGCAGGUGCCCGAAAAUUGGCGCGAAGGCCCGGUGGGCGACACGACGGCAUCCCAACGCCUCCGGCCCGCCGCCCGCUCCCGCCAACCUUCCUCCUCCUCUUCCUCCUCCUCAUCCUCAUCCUUCGCCUACGCCUCCGCCUACCCCCAAUUCCCUUUCGCCCCCCAAUACGAGCCCUACGAAGCCCCCCGGGCCUACGACGAAGCCUUCACCUAUUACCGUAGCACCGGGGGGGCGGCGGUGGCUUCGGCGGCGGCGGGUGCCAGCGUGGUGUACCCCUUCCAACCCCGGGCGCGCUACGAGGACUACGGGGAGGAGCAGAGCCCCUACAGAGCCCAGGGUUACUACCCCCCGGCCGAACGCCCCUACGUGCCCCCAGCCCCACAACCCGUCGACGGGCUGGACCGCCGGUACUCCCAUAGCUUGUACCACGACGCCGGGGGUUCACUGGAACAAGGUGGCCAGGACUCCUACCCCAACCAGCAACCCCCAGGUCGUGGGGUGGCAUCGACGGACAACCUGCAAGCUCCUGGUGGGACGGGGUACGGGGGGGCUCAGUACCCACCCUACGAGCCGCAGCCACCGUUCCGGGCGCUUGAACCCUACGGGGUUCCUCGCCCCGAGUCCUACCUGCCCGCCAGGAACCCCGAGAUGCCACAGGCCGUCCCCGAUAACCAAGCCCGGGUCAGCGUUGGAAGUGUCUACAGGCCCAGCCACGGAGGACGGGGUGAGUCUUGGGGUGGGCCCUGGGGUGGGUGGCAGUUGGGAUGGUGUCCCCCCAGGGCUUCCUCACCCAUCACCCAGGGAGAAGGCAUCCUCGAGGUGCCCACAUCCUCUCCGAGGAUGCUCUGGGGACAAAUGUGGCCAAGGGGGUCACCCAGGGGCUGGGGCUGUUGGAGACCCUGUAUGUUUUUUGGGAAUGAUGGUCAUCCCAUGCUUGUGAGCACGGCCUACACCCCCGAAACCACCGACUACGACGUGCGGGUGCUGCUGCGGUUUCCCCAGCGGGUGAAGAACCAGGGCACGGCCGAUUUUCUGCCCAGCCGGCCCCGCCACAGCUGGGAAUGGCACAGCUGCCACCAGCACUACCACAGCAUGGAUGAGUUCAGCCACUACGACCUGCUGGAUGCCACCACGGGGCGGAAGGUGGCCGAGGGCCACAAGGCCAGCUUCUGCCUGGAGGACACCACCUGUGACUUCGGCAACCUGAAGCGUUACGCCUGCACGGCCCAUACCCAGGGCUUGAGCCCCGGCUGCUACGACACCUACAACGCCGACAUCGACUGCCAGUGGAUCGACAUCACGGACGUGCAGCCGGGGAAUUAUGUCUUAAAGGUUCAAGUGAACCCCAAAUACAUCGUCCUGGAGUCGGACUUCACCAACAAUGUGGUGAGGUGCAACAUCCAUUACACCGGGCGCUACGUCGCCACGACAAACUGCAAGAUUUCCCAAUCUUGAUGGGAGCAGGGCCGGAGGGAUGUCACCUGUCCCAGCCUCUGUCCCCCUCUUGACAAAGUGCCUGAGCUCAGGAGCCUCCGGAGCCCAUCACCAGCUCCUCCAGACACCCCCCCCCAAAAAAUACCAACCACCAACCCCAACCCUCAUUUCUUCCUGUUAAAAGGAGGGGAAGUGAGAAUGACUCUUUGAAAUAUUUUUUUUUUAUACUUAACUUUUCUUUAACCUUUGGGUUUUUGGUAUUUUUUAUUUUUUUU